AUUAAACCCAAAAUUAAAAAAAAAAAUGUCUGACACGCUUAAAAAUGAAGAUAGGUUUGGAGCAGUUUUAGUUCAGGUUCAAGAUGAUUUGAAACAACUCAGAUGCAGUCUUGAGAAAAUCAAUGUCAGAGAGAGGGACAAAACACUGGACAUUCAAGCCCUGGACAAUGCCAUUCUCAAGACAGAGAGCAGCAUCAGGAAACAUGCAGAGGAUUAUCUGAAAACAGUGACUGAGCAACUGCUGGUUCUUCCAAGCAUUGAAGACUUGAAAAGAAAGACUGUGCAGAUUCCUAAAUGGAAACCUGGUCUGGAGAGUUUCCCAGAUGUUCGACCACAGAGGGAAGAUGUUUCAGGGGCUGCACCUGGGGAAAAGCACCAGUCACCUUUACCUAUGCGUUUGCUGGGUAAUCCUGCUCACCCAAACAAUAGAGCCAUUUUGUCCCAGAAAUUUGGGAUAUCACUCCCUGAUGUCCACAAGAGGAGCAAAAAUGCAGCGAAACAUCACAGAAUAAUCACUGGCCCUGCAGUGAGAUUUCAAGCCUUUGGACCAAGGGUCCAUCACGGCCUGGCAAUACCUGAAGAAGACAAGGGGACAGUGCCAGACUCAAGUUUGCUUCGUAUGUCAGUCCCGCACAAGGCUGCUUCACUUCAUCACAGGGAGGAUUCAUAUUCUUCUAAAACAGGCUCGAAGUCCAGGUGUCAGAAGCGUCUGAAAUGGGAAACAGAACCUGGAUCCACAGUUAGCAAAUGCACACCACUCUGGACCACCAAGACACCGCCUCCCUCCUCAACCUCCAAGAGUAUGGACCAGGGGAGUGUGAUGCAGAUCACCAGUGAUCUUAUCCCUAAAAGCCCUCAGAAUCUACCUGUGGCAGUUCCUGUAAACAUCAGCAAAUACCCCUUUACCAUCACAAAGGGAAGGAUCAACCCAAUGGCAGCUGAUUUCUGUCACUUCAAGCAGAGCUUUAGCUUGUGCUGGAGCAGUGUGGUACAUGCUCUGGAGGCCCUAGAAAAGCUGCUCAGGGACUUUGCUGUGCCUCUAGCCAAAGUGAAUGGGGAACGGCUAGUGGAGUUUGCUCAUGGUUGGGAUAAUGGUUGGGAUAAGGCUCCUCCAGUGAUGGGCCUCCUCUCAUUGCUUGAAAACUGGGAGGAGGUAUUGGGUGUGGUCUUAAACCCAGGUCAGCGCUACAAGGGAGAAGGAGGCAUUGAGGCGGCUGCCAUCCGCAUCCAGUCCUGCUGGAGGCGCUACAUAGCUCGGACGGCCUACCUGCGCCACUGCCAGCGCAAGUGGGCGGCAGGGACCAUCGCCAUCUCAUGGUUGAUGCACACUCAGAUGCGUCGUGUCAGGAAGGCCCUGCAGGCCCGGCGUUUUAGGCAGCUGGAGAAUUACCGCAGCAGAGCCCAGCAUCUGGCAGCCAACUGGAAACACAUCCAGUCCUCCAAGAGGACCAUUAUCCACAUCCCUUCAUUAGGAUACUCUCAGAGCCAGCGACAGAACUUGAGGGGAUUUGACAUCCUACAGAACAUCCAAAUAAACAGGCUGUGUGAUAUCAGAGAUGAAAAUGUGGAGGUGAUCUACGUAUGUCCUCGGCAUCUGGGGGAGGACAUCUUGCACUAUUACACCAGCCUCCUGAAUUGUGAUGGAGCCACAGAUGGGGCUGAUACUGGAACUACUAAGGCCUCGUCCUGCUUCAGACGCUUUAUCAUCCUCACACCUGAGGCUGUAGAUUAUUUCUCGACCCGAAACAUGUGCCUGUCUACGCUUUUAAAGUACAGUCCACGCACCCUGAAGCGCAUCAGGAACCUGAUCCAGGGGAAGCAAGCCUAUAUCGUGGGUGGAGUGUCCCAUGUGGAUGACCUGGCAGUGGCCGAUGAGCUGGGUGUGCCGGUCCUGGGGCCAGAACCAGCUAUUGCACAGCUCUACAGCACCAAGUCUGGAGGGAGAAGGAUUUUCACCAGGGCAGAGGUUGAUGUACCCCCAGGUCAAGGAGAUAUCUACUCACUAAAUCAGCUUCAUGAAACACUGGCUGAGCUUAUGACUCAGAACUUUGAUGUGCAGCGCUGGCUCUUCAAGAUAGACUCUGAGCACGGUGGGCGUGGUACAGCUUACUGUGAUAUAUGCCAUCUUAGCUGCUAUAACUGGGCCCUACAGGAAUACCGUCGUUAUGGUCCUGAGCUAUGGAACACAACAUGGAUUCAGGAGACUGUACUGCUCAGAUAUUUAGAUGAGAUCCCAGAGUGGCUGGCCCGUUACGCCCGGCCUGUUAAAACCUCCUGCUAUCCCAACUGGACCGGCUUCCUGAAGACCUUCCUCAGGCAAGGCGGUGUGGUGGAGGCCUACCCCCCUUCAGACAGUGUCACCUGUCUGACAGUAGAUCUGCUGUUGGAACCUGGGGGUGGGGUGACCAUUCUGUCCUGUGGAGACCAGCUUCAUGGCUCCUGUCAACUGGAAGCUAUGGGCUCCACUGUUCCUCAGAGCUCUGUAAACCCAGAGACCUUGCACUCCAUCUGCAUGCGUGUGGGCCAGGCCUGUCUGCAGCGCCUUAUCGUAGGUUAUGUCUCUGUGGACCUGGCUACCUUUUUGAACCACAACACCAUGGAACAGAAGGUGUGGGCUAUUGAUCUGGACCUCACAUACAGUGACCAGCUGGCCAUGACCCAGAUGCUUCUGCUGAUAACUGGAGGAACGCUGAAUUGCCGCACAGGCUGUUUAGACGUGCCGAUGCCAGUCAGAGAGAAAUGCUGUGAACACCAGAUCGCAGCCGAACCUUCUGUGGUUAAUCGUUAUGCAGUUAUUGGGAGCCACUUGUUUCACUCUAACCUUUCCAUGUUGUACCAUAAUGUCUUCUUUAAGAUGUGCAAGGCCCAUGGCAUAGGAUAUAGCAUGAAGAGGAAGCAAGGCACUGCCUUUGCUCUUUAUGACGGCAGUGAGCGAUGCACCAUUGGAAUGAUGACAGUCUCUGAGGAUCUCCAGGGAGCUCUAGUGACCUUUGCUCGGAAUCUGUCAGUCAUUCAUCAGGAAAUAUCAUCCUCUAAAAUGCAAGGAGAAACCAAUUUCAAGGAACUGAUCAAAGAUGUAGAAGAUGUGCUGCAGACAACUGUUCAGAACAAGCUGCGAGCAGUGAAGGAUAAACCUGCUGCUUAGACAGCUUCACUGAUAAGCUUGCCUUACUCUCACCCAGUCAAGACAUCAUGUCUGUGCCAGUUUUAACAUUCCACUGUGAAUAUUUGGAGCCUGGAGAUGAAUCUACGUUGAGUAGCCAAAGAUUGCCGAAACGUGAUUGAAAAACAUUGUCAGAAUCUGUCAAGAAUCUGUUAAAAACGUUAUUUAAUUCUCCAACAUAGUUUGUUGUGGGAAGUAAUAAAACUGUUUUCUGAAAUAUAGUAUUGUGUUGAAAAUGCAGUAAAAUGCUAACUAGAUAAUGUUCUAGCCUUCUGAAACAUCAUUGUGAUUGUUGUCUGGUUCCUUGCUUUACGUAUAGUGGCACAUAUAAGUCACUGCUGUAAGUACUGCAUGUGGAUAUUUUAUCAUAAAUUUACACAUCUAGUAUAACAUUUGCAACAAGGAUGUUCUUUGCUUCA